GCGACGCUCCCCCCCCCCCCCCCCCCCCCCUCCCCAAUUCAAAAUCAACAAUCCCCCAUUUUCCCCACCUCCGAUUCGAUCGAUCGGCCGGCCGUCGUCGCCUCCCCUCCGCCGACGAGUCCAUGGAGUCCUCCGCCUCCGCCUCCACCCCUCGUCGAGGAGGAGCAGCCGUCGACUACGUCUCCAUGUCUCCGUCCCCCUCCCACACGCCCAGGAGCUCCUCCGCCCACAAGCCCACCCCAAGGCAUCGGGACCGGGAUCGGGCCGCUCUGCUCUACAACAGCGGCGGCAUCAACGCUGCCCCCACCCAGCAGCAAGAAUCCUCCACCCCAAAAGCCGCCGCCGCCACCUCCAAGGGGCCCGGGCCCGGAGGCGUCAACGUCCAGGUCCUGCUCAGAUGCAGGCCAUUGAGCGAGGAGGAACGACGCACAGGCACACCCGUGGUCAUCACUUGCAAUGACCAGAGGCGAGAGGUUUCUGUUGCCCAGAACAUUGCAAACAAGCAGAUUGAUCGCACUUUUGUAUUCGACAAGGUGUUUGGACCAAAGUCUCAACAGCAGGAUGUCUUCAACCACGCUGUUGUGCCGCUUGUCAAUGAGGUUUUGGACGGUUACAACUGCACAAUAUUUGCAUAUGGCCAGACCGGAACUGGCAAAACAUACACCAUGGAAGGAGGAGGGGGCAAAGCACUGAACGGUGACUUGCCAUCUGAUGCUGGUGUCAUUCCAAGGGCUGUCAAAUGCAUAUUUGAUAUUCUCGAGGCACAAAGAGCUGAGUACAGCAUGAAGGUUUCUUUUCUUGAGUUGUAUAAUGAGGAACUCACUGACCUUCUCGCUCCAGAGGAAUCUAAAUUCUCUGACGACAAAUCCAAGAAACCUAUGGCACUCAUGGAGGAUGGCAAGGGAGGAGUCCUUGUUAGGGGACUCGAGGAAGAGCUAGUUUCUUCAGCUGCCGAGAUCUACAGGAUACUGGACAGAGGCUCUGCAAAGAGAAAAACUGCUGAAACUCUUCUCAAUAAGCAAAGCAGUCGCUCACACUCUAUUUUCUCUAUCACCAUCCAUAUUAAGGAAUGCACACCUGAGGGUGAGGAAAUGAUCAAGUGUGGAAAGCUUAAUCUCGUUGACCUUGCUGGCUCUGAAAACAUAUCUAGGUCUGGUGCUAGAGAUGGGCGGGCACGCGAAGCAGGAGAAAUCAACAAGAGUUUGCUUACACUUGGGCGUGUCAUUAAUACUCUUGUUGAGCACUCCGGACACAUACCAUACAGGGAUAGCAAGUUAACAAGAUUGUUAAGAGAUUCCUUGGGAGGGAAGACAAAGACUUGCAUCAUAGCAACCAUUGCACCUUCGGUACACUGCCUUGAGGAGACACUAAGCACACUGGAUUAUGCGCAUCGUGCAAAACAUAUCAAGAAUAAGCCAGAGGUCAAUCAAAAGAUGAUGAAAUCUGCGCUCAUUAGAGAUUUGUACCUUGAGAUGGACCGUAUCAAGCAAGAACUAUUUGCUGCGAGGGAGAAAAAUGGUGUUUAUAUUCCGAGGGAACAAUACUUAGCAGAUGAAGCUGAAAAGAAGGCUCUGACGGAGAAACUGGAUCGUUUGGAGCUUGUUUUGGGAUCAAAAGAUAAGCAAUUAGAUGAACUUCAAGGACUCUAUGAAUCUCAGAAACUUUUGAGUGCAGAUCUAAGUGAUAAAAUUCAGAGAUUACAGAAAAAGAUGAAAGAAACUGAGUGCACCCUAGCCGAUCUUGAAGAGAGAUACAUGCAGGCAAAUGAUACAAUUAAGGAGAAGCAGUAUCUGAUAGAAAAUCUUCUUAAAUCAGAAAAAGUUCUUGUUGGUGAAGCACAAAUACUUCGAUCCGAGCUGGAGAAUACAGCAGGCGAUCUAUAUGGGUUAUUUUCAAAAUUAGAAAGGAAGGAAAAGGUUGAAGAUGCAAAUAGAAGUAUAGUUCAGCAUUUCCAUUCUCAGCUAACUCAAGACAUGAGUGUCUUGCAUAGAGCAGUUUCAACCUCGGUCUAUCAACAGGAGAGCCUACUAAACUCACUCGAAGAAGAGAUGAAAUCUUUUCUUUCCUCAAAGGGCAAGGCUGCUGGAGGACUUCAAGAGCAUGUAAGAAAGCUCAAAGAGACCGUCGAUUCUAGGAUAGUAGAAUUGCAUGGUUUUGCAAAUGAACUCAAGCACAAAUCUCAGUUGAGCUUUGGAAACCUUAAUUCGCAAGUUAUCACACAUACAUCUGGCCUUGAGGAUUGCAUGAGGGGCCUGUUGGUUGAUGCUGACCAAUUACUCGUUGAACUUCAAAAUGGGCUUUCUCAGCAAGAAAUGAGCUUUGGUACAUUUAUUGAGCAGCAGCAUGAGGAACUCUCCAGAAACUUAGCGAGAAUGAAGUCUGUUUCUGCAACUACAAUGAACUUCUUCAGAACAAUAGACUCUCAUGCUUUGGAGCUCAAGAAGGUUUUGGAAGAAUCACAGAUGGCACAUCAGAAGCAACUCUUCCAGCUUCAGAAGAAGUUUGAGGUCAUUGUUGCUGAUGAAGAGAAGUACUUGAUGGAGAAGGUAGCAGGGCUACUGGCAGAAUCAAAUGCUAGAAAGAAAAAUGUGGUUCGAGAUGAUAUAUGCAGCCUCAAUAGGACAGCUUCUGAGCGUUCUGACAACUUACAAACUGAAACUACCAAGCUUCAAGAUUUCACAUCUGCUAUGAAAGAGCAAUGGGAAGCCUACAUGCAGAGAGCUGAAGAGGCAUUCCAGCAAAACGUAUCGUCUAUUGAACAGAAGAGGUGUUUCUUGGCAGAGAAUCUUGAGCAAUGCAAGGCAAGGGUAGAAUCGUGCUCAGGACAAUGGAGUACUGCUCAAAAUUCAGUAUUAGCCCUUGCAAGAAGCCAUGCAGAAGCCACCAGUUCACUCAUAAGUGAUGUAACCGAGGAGAGCAACCAACUUAAUGCAAGAUUUUCAUCUGCUGUCAUGGCUGGAUUUGAAGAUAACGAUGUUACAAGCAAAUAUCUCCUUUGUUCUAUGGACGAUUCAUUAAAGUUGGACCAUGGCAUUUGCGAAAAUGUCAAAUCUAUCACGAUGACAUCCAGAGCAGAACUCCAUGACUUGCAACGUGGUCACUGUGAGAAGACAAAAGUAAUCACAGGGAAUGCCGACACAUCUCUAGGAGAUGAUUAUACGGUGGAUGAAGUGACUUGUUCAACACCAAGAAGGCGCGAGAUUAAGAUUCCGAGCAGCCAAUUGAUCGGGGAGUUGGUAACCCCACCUCUUGAGGAUCUGGCGAAGGCAUUCUGGGACAGCAGAACACCGACGAAGCUUGACCUAAAUGGAAAUGGGAAGCAGAGCCUGUUAGGAUCGACUCCAGAAAACCAGAGAGCCCCUCUCGCCGCGAUUAACUAGGAAGGAGUAUAUUACUGUAUACAUAAGAUAAAUGUGGUAAUGUUAAGUGGUGGUCUCGUAUGGGCUCUUGGGAACAAAUUUAUAAAAUCCACUGUAUUGGGAAGAUCAAUUAAUUCUGGAGCCUUCCAUGGGCGGUCAGGCUUAAUGAAAUUUGCUAUGAGUAUGAGAUGAUCAAGUGACAUAUUUUUGCUAA